AUGGCCAAUAAAUAUGAUGUGCAAAGGUUUCUCGAGAAAAAGUAUGCACACAGUCAAUCCUACUAUUACUCCAAGACUCUAAAUGAUUUUGUGAGUUCUGCCAGAACCUCCGAUGUGAUUGGGUUCUAUUAAGUUAUGGCCUAUCGAGAGGAAUUAGAAUAUCUGAAGCGAUUCUAUUGCUUAAGUGAGGUGUUCCAAAAGCUUCGUCUCUUUACUGAGUACUACAAGUAUCACAAUGAGAUACCUAGGUUCUUCAUGCCACAUUUAUGUCAUAUUAUGAGCAACUAUCAUGAUAAGAGGAGAAGGAUUGAAUAUUAUAGGAUCAAGAGAAUUAUCGAGGAGGAAAAUAGAAAUAACCCCAAUAAACCUAAAAAGGCCAUUGUUGGAGACUCGCCCAAAGAAGCUGUUCCCACCUCCCCUAAACCAUAGCAUGCAUACAGCAAGAUCCUAUCUGGCAUUUAGGAUGCUUCAACAACUAUUGAAACCAUUAAUAAUAAAUUGAAUGCAUUAUAAAUUAAUGUUGGCGAGUUAAAUCUUUAGCCAUCUAAUCGAGAAUAAGAAUAGUUACAAAAUUUCAUUCAAUUUAUGGUAGACAAACAAAAACUCAAGACUAUCACUCAACAUGUAUAACUGAACUCCCCUAAAACUUAUAAUAAACUCCCAAUAGGAGUGAGUCAAUAGACCAUUAAACAAAUAAUAUCAAGAACUUAGAAAAAUUAAUAGACCUUCCACUUAUCCCCAAAAAUGGGAACAGAUGCCCAACCCUAAAUUGGCCCCUAUACUUAAAGAAUACUCAAAGGUCCUCUAUAGAAAAUGCUCACUCCUGCACAAAUCUACACCAUGAAUUCCCCGUCUAAUCACACUCACAAUAACACUGCCAUCCCAUAGAAAUCGAAAAUAUCAUCAUCGAAAAACCAUUAACAAAGUCUCUCGUUGUCAAAGCAAUUUAAAAUUAAUGAUGCAAUGCGUAUACCUUUACGAAUGCACCAACAUACUAGAUCUGAUGUUCGCGUUUACAGGAAAUGA